CAACAACGCCACCACAAACGAAGAAGCCACAGCUAACAAACAGUUCAAGCAAGAGCCUCGGAACAUGCAGCAGCGUCCCCAUCCAACAAGCGAAAAGUCUACAGCGGCUUCCACAGAAUUCGCAACGGUGGCAGUGAAUGAUCUAGUAGCUGAUCUCUGCCAAAUCGAACGAAUGGCAGACUCUAGCGGAAUUCGACCCACAACAUUUUCUGGCACUUCGGGUGCUACGUCGGGAUCUGGAACGGCUUCCUCAUCUUCUUUUUCAUUCAAGCACUUUCUCAGCAGCACUGGAACUGUGACGGCACCGACAAGCACGGUGACAUCGGUGGAUGCACCUGUGGCAGUUCAAACUUCUACAGGUGCGCGCCCCAAAGUGCCCCAAUCUGCUUCCACCUUCCAUAUGCCACCGUCAGAUGCAAACGGCUCCAGCGCCUCCUCUAAAAUGAAGCGUUCACCUCGAUUCAGUUCAUUCGACUCGCAGGCGAGUCUGGCAGAAUAUGCUGCCUGCGGUGGAGGUCCUGGCUGUAGUAGUGGCUCUCAGCGGCACUUGCGACUAGAUCUGCGGAUGGAAAACCACGCCGUCGAUAAUGACCACGUGGCACUGGCUCAAGUUCGCAAUAGCAGGCUCUACGACGAGCAGGCCGAUGAAGAUAUCUUUCCCUCGGCCGCUUCGAAUCUGCAAGCGGCUGAGACAGGGUCUGGCUACGUACAAAGGUCGUACUCCAGCUAUGAGAUGCCUCGCCCAGGAACUUGUCCCUCGUCUUCACCUCGUCGUCGUCAAACCGGAAACAGAGAACAACGUCCUAACAGACUGGUCCUGCCAAGUGGCCCUAAAUUAAAGCUUGACCUACCCUUGGACACCGUACCUGGGACUAGCGCAAGUACGAGUUGUGGGGCUGCAGCUACAGCCGCCCUGCCCGACUUCGUUCAAGAUCAUCUUACAGACGCGAGAUGUGCAAGCCAGGACGGGCGCCUUAGUUCACCUCCUGAGUCCCCGCCAGGUGCAGCAGAAGCGCCCUGUGGUCCAAUAGGUCAGCUACCGUCGGCAUUAGCCUCCAUGGAUGUAACCAGCGCUGCUUCCUUACCCGGCACAGCAAGCGAACCACCGGCUGGCUCCACUGUAAAAAUGCUGCCUGACUUUCUGUCGGACGGCCCUAUAAUGCACUCAUCUCAGCGACUAGCCGACGUGGCCAUUGGAUUGCCGUCGAACUCUAUAGACUCUCCUCCUCAACAAGCAGCUGGCACAAUGCAAUUGUCAGCUUUGCUGCAGGAAAACGAAAGCCUUAAACGGGAGCUACAGGAGACGCGUUUUGAGCUUAACGCUCAGACCAGGAGAGCUAAUGAUUUUGAGAAGCAACUGCUGCAAUUAACAGAAGCGACGCGAAGACGCGAGGCAGUGGUCACAACGUCAAACACGCAAACCACUCAGCGCCUUCGUCGCCAGGUGGCAGCGUUAGAGGCAGAGCUUUUCGCUGUGCGUAGCGCCAAUGCAACUGAUGGCGCCGCGGGAGGAGUCCCUGUGGCCACUCCAGUUAGCGGCAGUGGAAGCGCCAACAGCAGCGGAAGCAACUCAUCGCGUCCGUCCAGAACGCAGCAGUUAUCAAGGGAUUUGAUGCGCGCCGCCGAUACUGCCGAACAAAAUUUAAGGCAACUCUUAACUGGCGUAGAGAACCUUCGUCAGAUGGCGUCUAACCUUGACCAACCAGUUGAGGGUACCACAUCACCUUGCAGCCCCGAUUUAUAUAGCGAUUUCCAUUGAUGGAUAACAUGGACUGCGUAACGCUAUAGAAGUGCCCCAAAAGGAAUGUAGAUUUUUGUGUAACCAUUGUAGACUCCAAAACCAAAAGAGCUUCUUACAGACAACCCAACAAUUAUUCUUACUGGCAUCUAAUAUUUUGCAUUGGGCUGCACACUGUCGAGGAAGAUUUUAGUAGGGUUGCCUGGAAUUGCAAUGUGAGAAUCAAAGCGAAAGCACGUGAUGUUGAUGGAUAAAAAAAAAUAUAUUAUUAUUUGGGAAGCAGAAAGUUAUACUUAUGGAUGUUAUUUAACAGCGCAUUGUACAACAGGACAGACCAGUCUGCACUGGGAAAGUCUAGCACAGACGACCCUCAUUUUGUUUAAAAAAACAAUGACUUUUCUGUGCACCUUAGUAGUUUGUGCUUUAUACCUAGUAAACCAUAAUUGAAAUAAACUGUUGAGACUAAACGCUCUGUA